CGGUCAGACCUCACUUUACUCCAUUGUAAAAUCUUAUAUAUUUAUAUAUAAAUAUAUAUGACAUACUAUUUACAUCAUAUUUAAAUGCCUAUUAAGUAACUUUAUAAAAACAUUUAAUUUGCUAUUGAAUGUCCAAUUAAAUAAAAAAACCGCGAGCCUGCGAACGAAAGUGAAAAAUAUUUGAAUUUAAAAGUGAAAAUAAAAGAAAUGAUUUUUUAAAUUGAGUAAAUUUAAAAAAAUUUUAAAUAAAAAUAAAUUGAGCGGUGAAUAAAUGUUUUUUGUUGUUCGUAAAUUUAAUUGUAACUAUUAACUGAUAUAAUAGUGGAUGUUGCGUGAUCAGGCGUGUUUUAGAUUAUUAAGAGUUGCUGAGAGUACUCAUUCAUAUAUACAAUUAUUAUAUCUAUAUAUAAGUGCAUUGGACAUAUGACAUACAUGUGGUUUAUUAUUUACAAGCCAACUUGUUUUUAUAUAUUAUAUUAAUAUAUAUGUGUUGAAAUUAUAGUUUACAUUAAAUAUUUAAAUUAAUAAUUACUGAUUCGUCAAGGAAACAAAAAAUUUAAUUACUGUUUUAUUUAAUGGCGUCUGUUUUUAUUUAUUUAAACACACGUGACAUUGGAUAUAUGUUUGGUUUUUAUGUCAAAAACAGUGAAAGUUUUAAAUAAUAUAUUGGGAUUUAUGGAAAUGUUUGAGUUAGCAGGUGAAAACGGUAUAAUAAUAAAUAACAAGAUAAUAAUAUAAAUAAAUCGGCCGUGGCGUCGUGCAAGUGUGGAAAAUUGUGGAGGGCAUCGGUGACCAUAAGUGACCCCACAUGGACGCCGAGCCCCACGUGCCCAUAUCAACAAAUGCAGAUGCCACUUUCAACAGCCGAAUAUCCAACUUGACGUCGUUAUUAUUAACAAUAAUAACCACCAAUAAUAUAAAUUCUACCGUAACUAUUACUAUAGUAACUACAAAUAAAAAAUCAACCAAGUGCCUAAAUAUUUUUUACCGAGGACCAGAGUCCGACAACACCGCUGGCGGUGGUCGACUCGGGUUUAUUAAUAUUGAUGCAUCAUCAUUAUUCAAAUACUUCCAAAAACAACAGACAAUUUUGCAUUUGUGUACAUUACUAUUAUUACUACUAUAUAUUUUUAAUCCGUCCGGUUAUUCCAAAGUACAGAAGAAAACAACGUAAGCUUGAAUCAUGUCCCGAAAUACAGCUUCUGGUUCCGCCAACCAAGAAACGGAAAGGCGAAUUCGUGCAAAUAAUCGCGAGUACAAUUCACAAUUUAAAUAUGCGAACAAUUAUAUAAAAACGUCAAAAUAUUCAGUAUUGACGUUCCUGCCAUUGAAUUUGUUUGAACAAUUUCAACGUUUGGCUAAUUUUUACUUCCUAUGUCUGCUGGUGCUUCAAAUGAUUCCUGCAAUAUCAUCAUUGACCCCAAUUACCACAGCAAUACCUCUUAUUGGGGUACUUACACUCACUGCCGUCAAAGAUGCCUACGACGACUUUCAACGACAUAGCAGCGAUUCACAAGUAAAUAAUAGAAAAUCACAGACAUUAAGAGGUACUCAGCUAAAAGUUGAAAAAUGGUCACAAGUACAAGUUGGUGAUGUUAUUAGAAUGGAAAAUGAUCAAUUUGUUGCCGCAGAUGUUCUUUUAUUAUCAACAAGUGAACCUAAUGGCCUCUGUUACAUCGAGACUGCUGAAUUAGAUGGUGAAACAAAUUUAAAAUGCCGUCAAUGUUUGCCUGAAACUGCUGAAAUGAUGGACAACAACGAACUAAUUGGCGAAUUUGACGGUGAAAUUGUUUGUGAAACGCCAAAUAAUUUAUUAAAUAAGUUCGAUGGUAUUUUAACGUGGAAAGGCAACAGGUACGCACUGGACAACGAUAAAAUAAUACUACGCGGCUGUGUGCUGCGUAAUACACAAUGGUGCUACGGAGUGGUAAUCUUUGCAGGCAAAGAUACCAAAUUAAUGCAAAACUCAGGAAAAACAAAAUUCAAGCGAACCUCCAUAGAUAGACUAUUAAAUCUACUUAUUAUUGGAAUUGUAUUUUUUCUUCUAUCACUUUGUUUAUUUUGUAUGAUCGGAUGCGGUAUAUGGGAAAGCCUAGUCGGCCGUUACUUUCAAGCAUACUUACCCUGGGAUUCGUUAGUGCCUACAGAUCCACUCGGGGGCGCCACAGUAACUGCCCUUCUAGUAUUUUUUUCAUACUCAAUUGUUCUAAACACUGUUGUGCCAAUAAGUUUGUACGUAAGUGUCGAAGUAAUACGUUUCGUCCAGUCAUUUUUGAUAAAUUGGGACGAAGAAAUGUACUACGCCCCGACAAACACCCACGCACGGGCACGUACCACCACAUUAAACGAGGAAUUGGGACAAAUUGAAUACAUAUUUUCCGACAAAACCGGCACAUUAACCCAAAAUAUAAUGACCUUCAACAAAUGUUCCGUCGCCGGCAGAAGUUACGGUGACCUUAUCGACGACGUAACCGGCGACAUUAUUGAUCUCAGUGAGACAGACAAAUCAGUCCAGAAGCCUGGAAAAGACACCGAGAUAAGGAUGCACUGGAAAAACGGCCAAGAGUUUGUGCGGCAGCAGCCAAAGAUCAGUGUUACCGCUACUUUGCACCAGCCUCCGGUCAGUGCUAACGCACGGCUGCUGGAACAGGCUGACCAAAUAUCCAGCACCACUCCCGAACCGGCCAUCAACGCCAGUCUGAGCGAUCCUAUCGAUAUUUCAACUGUACCCCCAUUGGAUUUUUCAUUUAACGAAUAUUACGAGCCGGACUUUAAAUUUUAUGACCCGACAUUAUUAGAAGCCGUACGUAAAGAGGAUGAGAAUGUCCAUUUAUUUUUUCGAUUACUGGCAUUAUGUCAUACUGUUAUGCCAGAUGAAAGAAACGGAAGAAUUGAAUACCAGGCCCAGUCUCCCGAUGAAUCGGCACUGGUAUCUGCGGCACGUAAUUUCGGAUUUGUGUUUCGCGAACGUUCGCCAAAUAGCAUAACCAUUGAAGUAAUGGGUAAACGUGAAAUAUAUGAGCUCCUGUGUAUAUUAGAUUUUAAUAACGUACGAAAACGUAUGUCCGUAAUAUUACGACGUAAUGGUCAUUUGAGGCUGUACUGCAAGGGCGCCGAUAACGUCAUUUACGAGCGUCUGAAACACGGUAGUGAAGAAAUAAUGCAAAAGACCCAAGAGCAUUUAAACAAAUUCGCCGGCGAAGGUCUCAGGACGCUUUGUUUGAGUGUAAAAGAUUUAGAAGAAAGCUUUUUUAACGACUGGAAACAAAGGCACAUGGAAGCUGUACUAAGCGGCGAAGAUAAAGAUGAUAAAUUAGACGCCAUUUAUGAAGAAAUUGAAAAAGAUAUGACUCUCUUGGGCGCCACUGCUAUUGAAGAUAAAUUACAGGAUGGCGUACCGCAGACUAUCGCUAAUCUAAGUCUCGCUGGUAUUAAAUUAUGGGUUUUGACUGGCGAUAAACAAGAAACGGCAAUUAAUAUUGGAUACUCGUGCCAACUGUUAACGGAUGAUCUAACGGAUGUGUUUAUCGUCGACGCGACAACUUAUGAUGCCGUUGAAACUCAACUAAAUCGUUAUUUGGAGACCAUUAAAACAUCGUCGGGCCAGCACAGAAAACCGGCACUCUCCAUCGUCACAUUCAGGUGGGACAAGGAAAGCGAUACAGAGUACAACCGCGACGAGCCUGAAGAUGAAAUUGAAUCUUCGUCUGGAUUUGCUUUAGUAAUUAACGGACAUUCAUUGGUCCACGCACUCCAUCCUCAGAUGGAAAAAUUAUUUCUUGAUGUUUCUAGCCAAUGUAAAUCAGUGAUUUGUUGUCGAGUGACACCUUUGCAAAAAGCCAUGGUGGUUGAGUUGAUUAAGAAAAACAAAUCCGCCGUGACGUUGGCGAUUGGGGACGGAGCUAACGACGUCUCGAUGAUAAAAACCGCCCACAUCGGCGUCGGCAUCAGUGGACAAGAGGGUUUACAAGCCGUAUUAGCUUCUGAUUACUCAAUCGGGCAAUUUAGAUUUUUAGAACGGCUGCUGUUUGUUCACGGCAGGUGGUCUUACUACCGGAUGUCCAAGUUUUUACGUUAUUUUUUUUAUAAAAAUUUUGCAUUCACCUUAUGCCACAUAUGGUUUGCCUUCUUUUGUGGAUUUAGCGCACAGACUGUAUUUGAUCCGAUGUAUAUAUCAGUGUACAAUUUAUUUUAUACUUCAUUACCCGUAUUGGCUGUUGGUGUAUUUGAUCAAGACGUUAAUGACAAGAACAGUCUUAUGUAUCCAAAAUUAUAUACACCGGGAAUGCAAAAUUUAUUGUUUAAUAAAAAAGAAUUUUGUUGGAGCGCUUUACACGGUUUCUGGGCCAGCUGUAUACUUUUUUUGGUACCUUAUGGAACAUACAAAGACGGUGUAUCACCAAAGGGCUACGUACUUUCAGACCACAUGCUGCUGGGCAGCGUAGUAGCAACUAUAUUAGUUAUAGUUGUCACAGUACAAAUAGCCUUGGACACGUCGUACUGGACAAUAGUAAAUCAUUUUAUGGUCUGGGGUUCGGUUAUUUGGUAUUUCAUACUCGAUUAUUUUUAUAAUUUCAUCAUUGGCGGCAGUUAUGUCGGUAGUUUAACUAUGGCAAUGUCCGAAGCAACAUUUUGGUUCACGACAGUGAUAUCGUGUAUAAUGUUAGUGAUACCAGUUCUGUCAUGGCGAUUUUUCUUCAUUGACGUACGACCAACUUUGUCCGAACGGGUAAGACUGAAACAAAGAUUAGCACAAAUGCGUUCUCGUCAGUCUCAAGAUAUCUUAAGAACUCCAUCAACAAGAAGAACGAGACGUUCAUUACGUUCUGGUUACGCAUUUGCGCAUCAAGAAGGUUUCGGGCGGCUUAUAACCUCUGGUAAAAUAAUGAGAAAAUUACCAAAUGGAUCGGAUUUUAAAUUUGCCAUGCCGUUUUCAAAUAAUGUUUCAAAACAAGUAAGUGCCGCUACGACAUCUCCACCACCACCAUUUUCAUCUAAUGACGUCAGCACGUCCGCACGUAAUAAUUCGCACACUAAUAAUCUUGAUACUAUUAAUCUGUGAGUUUAUUUCGUUAUUUUUUUUUUAAUCAAGAGAAACAUUAAAUUGAGAAUUGGUAUAAAUAAUUAUUCCCACUGAAAAGAAAAUAAAAAAAACCUUUCAAAUGAGUAUCCACAACUAGGGAGUGAUUAUAUUUGUUUUAAUCGGAUCGAAUAUUACUAUUCGAUUAGAAAUUUUAUUAUCAUAAUCAUUCGAUUUAAAUUUUAAGUAUUGAAAUUAUUUUGAAAGAUACUAUGAAAAAUUCGAAUAAUUUUAAUAGUUUGAAAAUUAACGAAUAAUUUGAAGUACUCGAAAUUUAACGAAUAAUUCGAACUAUUCGGUUUAUUGAUAAUUUGGAAGUAUUCGAAAAUUGGAGAAUAUGAAUAAUUCGAAAGUUUACAUGGCAAUAUUCGAAUAAUUCUUAGAAAUUAUUCGAAUUAUUCACAAACUUUAAAGUCUCAGAAUGAAUAAAAAAAUUCCAGCUAGUCAAAAGCUUAUGAAUAAUUCGAAGUUUUCGAAAAUUUACGAAAAAUUCAAGUUGUUCAGAAGCUUUCGAAUAAUUCGAAGCAUUUUAAAAUAAACGCAUGAUUCGAACUAUUCGAAAGUUUAUGAAUAAUUCGAAAGUUCACAUAAAAAUAUUCGAAUAAUUUUAAGACUUAAAAAUUAUUCAAAAUUUUAAAAAUCGUUCAAAAUUUCACAAAUAAUUUUAAUUAUUCGAACGCUCACGAAUAAUUAGAAAACUUAAGAAUAAACAAAAAAAAUUCCAACUAGUCAAAAGUUUACGAAUAAUUCGAACUAUUCGAAAAUUUACGAAAAAUUCAAGUUUUUUAGAAGCUUUCGAAUAAUUUGAAGUAUUUGAAAAUUAACGCAUAAUUCGAACUAUUCGAAAGUUCAUGAAUAGAUCGAAAAUGUUAUAAAAUUUUAAAACUUAUGAAUAAAUCGAAAGUUUACAUGAAAAUAUUCGAAUAAUUCUAAAACUUAAAAAUUAUUCAAAACUUUUCAAAAUUUCAAGAGUAAUUUUAAUUAUUCGAACAUAAUAUUAUGAACUAGUCAAAAGUUUACGAAUAAUUCGAACUAUUCGAAAGCUCAAUAAUAAUUCAAUUCCAUUUAAAUUUCCGAGUCAUUCAAUUCGAUUUCUAUAUAAAAAAUUAACCUUUAAUUUGACAAUUAAUCGAAAAUAAAAAAAAAUAAACAAUAAACUCACAAAUUAAUAAAUUUUGGCAUUUUUUUACGCAUUGAAUAAAUCAAUAAAUUAUUUAUUAAUUAAUCACCUAUUAAAAAUAUUAAUUAAUAACUAGAACAACAAAAAAAAAUAUAUAUAUAUAGAUAGAUAUACAUCUAUAUAAAUAUAAAUAAAAAUACGGUAAUAAUUACAUAGUAUUCGUCUUGAUAAAAACGUCUUUGUAUGAUAUGUCACUAAAUAAAAUGAACUGUAAUUAUAUUUAUUUAAAUAUAAUUAAAUGUAAAAUAUAUUAAAUUGUUUACGAUUAACGGUAAUAGAUACAUUGAUAAUUGCCUUUAUAAAUAAAUAUAUAUUAUAAUAAAUAAUAAUUACAAUUAUUAUAAAUGUAUCAUAUUAUUCCAGCCCAUUUAAAUAAAUAUUUUUUACGGGUAUAAAUCGUCAAGAGUGUUAGUCAUCACACCAAAAGAUUUUAAUGCCUUCGAUUUAUACAUUAAAAUUGUAUUAAUAUUUUUGGGUUGGAAAAUAAUUAAGUUCGGCGACGGUCUUUUUGAUGAUCGCCGGAUACGGAAGUGGGGGAAAACCUGCCAUGCCGAACUGUCUAAAUGCAGUAUUGAUUGUAAAUUGUAAAUAUUUAAAAGAGAUAAAUAUAUAUAUAUAUAUAAAUAUAUAAAUAUUAUAUAUAUAUAUAUAUGAAUAUAUAUUAAAUAAUUUUUUUUUAAAUUUAUUAUUUAGUAAUUUGAAUUAUUUAAUAUAUAUUUAUUAAUAAUACUAUUACAUAUUAUAAUAUAUAUGAAUAUAUUAAAUGUUAAGUAUACAUUUUUUAAAGAAAGUAAUAUAUAGGUAGAAACAAACAAACUAAAAUAAAUAAAUUUAUAUUGAUUAUGGAGGUUUUAGUAGUUUUUGUAAUUAAGCCGAAAAUUAAUUUUUUUUUAAUUAAAUUUUAAAUACAGAAAAUUUCAGGAUUUUUUUUUAAGUUUAUGGAGGCUCUGGAAUUUUUUUUAAUUUUCUGGGGGUUGUGGAAAUUUUUUUAGUUCGAAAAAUUCGGGAUUUCUUGCAAUCUGUCAACUUUACCAAAUAUUUUAAAAAGUCGUAGAACUUUCUUUGAUAUUCUAGAAGAUUAAGAAAUUUUUUUUUAUGUUUCUGACGGCCGUAGAUUACAAUUUUUUUAAACAAUUUAGAAAAUUUCAAAAAUUUCUAGACUGUUGAAAUUUGUCAGCUAUUCUAGGAACGUUAGAAAGUCCUUAAUAUGGUCCCGGAAUCUAUAAAUUCCCUAAUCAUUUGGGAACUUCUACAAUUUUUCCAUGUUCUAGAUUUGAAAAACUAAGACAUUUUUGACCAGUCGCAAACUUUCUAGAAGAUUGUAAAAUUUUCUAGAAUACGUAUGUUCUAGAAAUUUUCCCAAAUAUUCUAGAAAGUUUGAAAAUUUCUCAAUAUGGCUCCGAAAUUAAUAAAUUUUAUGAUCUAGAAACUAAAAAUUUUUCCAAAUGCCCGGAAUUUCAAAAUCUUCUAUAAUUCUUUCGACCAGCCACGAAUCUUCUAGAAAAUUUUAACGAAACUAAUUUUCGAACACAAUUAAUUUAAAUAAAUUAGACUAAAAUCAUUUAAUUAUUCACCAAAAAAUUGAAUUUAUUUUGCUUGUAAAAAAACCAAAAAUUUUUUUGAUUUAAUUAAAUUUAGAAAAAACACUAGAACCUCCUUAAUAACAAUACAAAAAUAAUUAAAAGUAGAUAAAUUGUAUCGCGAAUGUUUGCCUUGGACUGAUUUAUUAAAUAUUUCACUAAAAUAUUUAAUAUUGAAACAUUUAACGAGAAUUAAUAAAAAAAAAUAAAAUAAAAUAAAACUGAAGAAUAUUAAAAAAAGAAAAAAUCAAGUAGUGAAGAAUAAAAAAAUAAAAAAAAUGUAUUUCUACUUUUUAAUAUUACGACGAAAGCUUGAGGAGAGAUAGUCUGCAUUGGGAAAGUGUUCCACAAUCAAAUUAUCAUUUACUAAUUAAAAAAAGUAAAUAAAUAAAUAAAAAUACUAUUAAAAAAUAAAUAAUUAACUAAAAUAAAUAAUUAAAUUAAAUUUAUUUUUCAAAUGUGCCUGACGUUAAUAUUCAACAUUGUUGGAUUAUUAAUUGAUUAAUUAACUGUUUUUAUUUAAUUAUUAAAUUUAUUUAAAUAGUCAAUAGCUAAUUUUAUUAAUUAAUUAAUUGAUUGAUUAAACAAAGGAUCUAUUCAUUUUCUACUGCGUGAGUUUAAAUUAUUGUCUGUAAUUUAAAAGUCGCAAUUAUUUUUUCAAUUAGAUUAUUAUUAUUAAUUAUUAAUUCAUUAAUAAAUAAAUAUAUAAGAUAUUGUUUAAUAGAAUUGUUUUAUGAGACUGCACUUGGGAAAUCCAUUAUCAUUUUUUUUUUCAUUUGUUUAAAUGAAUAAAUAAUUUUUUGUGCAUCAUAUUUUAUUAUUAUUACUAUUGUUAAUUAACAUCAAUUAAAAUGUGCUAGAUUAAUUAUAAUUAUUAUUAAAUAAAUUAUAACUGUUGUAAAAAUAUUGUAGUAUUUCAAUUGUGAUUUAUUUUAUUAUUAUUAUUAUUAUUAUUAUUAUUAUUAUUAUUAUUAUUAUUAUUAUUAUUAUUAUUAUUAUCAUUAUUAUGUAAAAUAUUUAAGUGGUCUCUUAAAUAAUAAUAAUUAUAAAACUGUUUAUUAUUUUUAUUUUGUAUAAAUAUAAAUAAAAUUUAUUUCGUAAUAUUUAAUAUUUUAUUAUUAUUAAUUAAUAAAAUUAAUUAACGAAUUAA